CAGUCCUACAAUACUGUAGUCAUUAAAACAGAUGUAAUAUUAAUUUCCUCUGUUUUAUUUCUAGAUUCCGAUGAGCUUGCUGUGAUUUGCCAACGUGAACUCAAAUCUAAUCUCAAGAAGAAGUUUCAAUGUGUAUUUGAGGGGAUCGCUAAACAAGGGAACCCAACACUUCUCAAUAAGAUCUACACAGAGCUCUACAUCACAGAGGGUGGAACAGGAGAGGUCAAUAAUGAACAUGAGCUGAGACAGAUUGAGACAACAACCAAGAAACAAGCAAGACCAGAGACUCCAAUCAAAUGUAACGACAUCUUCAAACCCUUAACUGGACAAGACAAACUUAUCAGAACUGUGCUGACAAAGGGGGUCGCUGGCAUUGGAAAAACAGUCUCUGUGCAGAAGUUCAUUCUGGAUUGGGCUGAAGGAAAAGCAAAUCAGGAUGUCCAAUUUGUAUUUUCAUUCCCUUUUCGGGAGCUGAAUUUGAUGAAAGAGGACAAACACACUUUCAUUAAACUUCUCAAUCACUUCUCAAUGGAAACCAAACAAUCAGGAAUCUCCAACUACAACAAGUACAAAGUUCUGUUCAUCUUUGAUGGUCUAGAUGAGUGCCGACUGCCCCUAGACUUCCAGAAGAACAAGAUCUGUUGGGACGUCACAGAGUCAACCUCAGUGGAUGUUCUGCUGACAAAUCUCAUCAAGGGAAAUCUGCUUCCCUCUGCUCUCAUCUGGAUAACAACCCGACCUGCAGCAGACAAUAAGGUCCCUUCAGUGUGUGUUGACCAGGUGACAGAGGUACGAGGGUUCAAUGACCCACAGAAGGAGGAGUACUUCAGGAAGAGAUUCAGUGAUAAGGACCUGGCCAGCAGAAUCAUCUCGCACAUAAAGACAUCAAGAAGCCUCCACAUCAUGUGCCACAUUCUAGUCUUCUGUUGGAUUUCUGCAAUAGUCCUUGAACACAUGCUGAAACAUAAGAGAAAAGAGAUGCCCAAGACUCUGACUGAGAUGUACACACACCUUGUGGUGUUUCAUACCAAACAGAAGAAUGAAAAGUAUCUUGGGAAAGAAGUGAGAGGUCCACACUGGAAUAAAGAGAGCAUUCUGUCACUGGGAAAACUGGCUUUUCAACAGCUUGUGAAUGGCAAUCUGAUUUUCUAUGAAGAAGACCUGAAAGUGGCUGACAUUGAUAUCAAUGAAGCCUCAGUGUACUCAGGAUUGUGCACACAACUCUUUAAAGAGGAAUGUGGGCUGUACCAGGACAAGGUGUACUGCUUUGUUCAUCUGAGCAUUCAGGAGUUUCUGGCUGCUGUAUAUGUGUUCCUCUCAUUCAUCAACAACAAUGAGAAUCUAAUAGACAAACUUCAAACAAAAUACAAGACUGAAGUUACUUUCUAUAAGAGUGCUGUGGAUAAAGCCUUACAAAGUGAGACAGGAAACCUGGACCUUUUCCUCCGCUUCCUUCUGGGCCUCUCACUGGAGUCCAAUCAGAAGUACUUACGAGGUCUACUGACAAAGACAAGAAUCAACUCACAGAGCCAUGAAGAAACAGUCAAGUACAUCAAGGAGAAAAUCAGGGAGAAUCCCUCUCCAGAGAGGUGCAUCAAUCUGUUCCACUGUCUGAAUGAACUGAAUGACCAUUCUCUCGUGGAGGAGAUCCAAAACUUCCUGAGAUCAGGAAGUGUCUCCAGUGAAGAACUGUCCCCUGCACAGUGGUCAGCUCUGGUCUUUGUGUUGCUGACUUCAGAAAAGGAGCUGGAUGUGUUUGACCUGAAGAAAUACUCUAGAUCAGAGGAAGGUCUUCUGAGGCUGCUGCCAGUGGUCAAAGCUUCCAGAGCUGUUCUCCUGUCAGGCUGUGGAGUCACAGAGGAAGGCUGUGCUUCUCUGGUCUCAGCUCUGACGUCAAAUCCCUCACACCUGAGAGAGCUGGAUCUGAGUAACAAUGACCUGAAGGAUUCAGGAGUGAGGCUGCUCUCUGCUGGACUGGGGAAUCCCCACUGUAAACUGGAGACUCUGAGACUCACUGUCUGUAAACUCACAGACACAUCCUGUAAAGUGUUGGGCUCAGUUCUCAGUUCAAACCCCUCACCCCUGAGAGAGCUGGAUCUGAGUAACAAUGACCUGAAGGAUUCAGGACUGAAACUGCUCUCUGUUGGACUGGGGAAUCUCCACUGUAAACUGGAGACUCUGAGGCUGUCAGGCUGUCUAGUCACAGCGGAAGGCUGUGCUUCUCUGGUCUCAGCUCUGAGGUCCAACCCCUCACACCUGAGAGAGCUGGACCUGAGCUACAAUCACCCAGGAGUCUCAGGAGUCAGACUGCUCUCUGCUGGACUGGAGGAUCCACACUGCAGACUGGAGAAACUCAAGCUGUCAGGCUGUCUAGUCACAGCGGAAGGCUAUGCUUCUCUGGUCUCAGCUCUGAGGUCCAACCCCUCACACCUGAGAGAGCUGGACCUGAGCUACAAUCACCCAGGAGUCUCAGGAGUCAGACUGCUCUCUGCUGGACUGGAGGAUCCACACUGCAGACUGGAGAAACUCAAUGUGGAACAUGGUGGAGAGAACACAAUGAAACCUGGGAUUAGAAAAUAUGUCUGUGAUCUCACACUGGACCCAAACACAGUAAACAGACUCCUCUCUCUGUCUGAGGAGAACAGAAAGGCGAGGACCAUAUACUUCUUCAUGUGACCUCAUCAACAACCUGAAAGAGUGGAGGUAUUGAUUUCACCCUUACCUAAUAUCUGGCCCUGGCCAGGGGACCAGACCCAUAGACUGGAGGGGUUCGUAUUCAUCCUGGUCAGGGGACCAGACCCAUAGACUGGAAGGGUUUGUUUCCAUCCUGGCCAGGGGACCAGACCCAUAGACUGGAAGGGUUAGUUAGUUUCCAUCCUGGUCAGGGGACCAGACCCAUAGACUGGAGGGGUUCGUAUCCAUCCUGGUCAGGGGACCAGACCCAUAGACUGGAAGGGUUAGUUUCCAUCCUGGUCAGGGGACCAGACCCAUAGACUGGAGGGGUUAGUUUCCAUUCCUGGUCAGGGGACCAGACCCAUAGACUGGAAGGGUUUGUUUCCAUCCUGGCCAGGGGACCAGACCCAUAGACUGGAAGGGUUAGUUAGUUUCCAUCCUGGUCAGGGGACCAGACCCAUAGACUGGAAGGGUUAGUUAGUUUCCAUCCUGGCCAGGGGACCAGACCCAUAGACUGGAAGGGUUAGUUAGUUUCCAUCCUGGUCAGGGGACCAGACCCAUAGACUGGAAGGGUUAGUUAGUUUCCAUCCUGGCCAGGGGACCAGACCCAUAGACUGGAAGGGUUAGUUAGUUUCCAUCCUGGUCAGGGGACCAGACCCAUAGACUGGAAGGGUUAGUUAGUUUCCAUCCUGGUCAAGGGACCAGACCCAUAGACUGGAAGGGUUUGUUUCCAUCCUGGCCAGGGGACCAGACCCAUAGACUGGAGGGGUUAGUUUCCAUCCUGGCCAGGAGACCAGACCCAUAGACUGGAGGGGUUAGUUUCCAUCCUGGUCAGGGGACCAGACCCAUAGACUGGAAGGGUUUGUUUCCAUCCUGGCCAGGGGACCAGACCCAUAGACUGGAGGGGUUAGUUUCCAUCCUGGCCUGGGGACCAGACCCAUAGACUGGAGGGGUUAGUUUCCAUCCUGGUCAGGGGACCAGACCCAUAGACUGGAAGGGUUAGUUUCCAUCCUGGUCAGGGGACCAGACCCAUAGACUGGAGGGGUUAGUUUCCAUCCUGGUCAGGGGACCAGACCCAUAGACUGGAAGGGUUUGUUUCCAUCCUGGCCAGGGGACCAGACCCAUAGACUGGAAGGGUUAGUUAGUUUCCAUCCUGGUCAGGGGACCAGACCCAUAGACUGGAAGGGUUAGUUAGUUUCCAUCCUGGCCAGGGGACCAGACCCAUAGACUGGAAGGGUUAGUUAGUUUCCAUCCUGGUCAGGGGACCAGACCCAUAGACUGGAAGGGUUAGUUAGUUUCCAUCCUGGCCAGGGGACCAGACCCAUAGACUGGAAGGGUUAGUUAGUUUCCAUCCUGGUCAGGGGACCAGACCCAUAGACUGGAAGGGUUAGUUAGUUUCCAUCCUGGCCAGUGGACCAGACCCAUAGACUGGAGGGGUUAGUUUCCAUCCUGGUCAGGGGACCAGACCCAUAGAUUGGAGGGGUUCGUUUCCAUCCUGGUCAGGGGACCAGACCCAUAGACUGGAGGGGUUAGUUUCCAUCCCGGUCAGGGGACCAGACCCAUAGACUGGAGGGGUUAGUUUCCAUCCUGGCCGGGGGACCAGACCCAUAGACUGGAGGGGUACUCUUCACCUCAGGGACAGGGGACUUUGUUGGUCUUCCAGCCAAUCUCACCUUUAGUAUUUGCUCUUUACAUUUACAUUUACAUUUAAGUCAGUUAGCAGACACUCUUAUCCAGAGCGACUUACAAAUUGGUAAAAUUGGUGCAUUCACCUUAUGACAUCCAGUGGAACAGUCACUUUACAAUAGUGCA